UGCACCGGCGGCCCGGUGAGGUCCGGGAGGGGGAUCGGAGAGUGCUUUGAACUGUUUGAACUUGAGUGAGAACCGCCAGUCGUUCAAACCACCAGCCAGGAUCCCGGGAUUCACAUCUGAAAGCGCGGUGGAGAGGAUGUCGGAGAAAGCUGACAUCCUUGUGUGACCUUGGGCUUCUUCCUCAGUCCUCAAAGACUCCCUAGGAAUCCUCCCCCACCACACCCGACACCCCCUCCUGUUGGUUUGCAGUGACGCGAGAUGAGCUUGGGGUCGCGCCCUCUGGUUUUUCCCUCGGGACGUUGUUCCUAGGCGGUUAGAAACUGUUGAGGGGAAUUCUCCGAGGUUCCCCCUCUUUCACUACCCUGAAGACAGGGAGACCAGCCUGAUUUGGGCCAUCCUAAACUUCAAGGUAUUUUCGUAGUGGUCAACCGGAACCAUGGACAGCUCGGCGAAAGGAAGCAAAAAAGAGGUGCAAGAUGGACCCCCAAAAGACGCGAAGCUGCCGAUGAGCGAAGCGCUUCUGGACUAUCAACGUGAAAUAAAGGAGAAUUCAGUGGAGCGAUUCAUGUUUCAGAUCAAGAAGCUGAGGGACAAGAACCAAAGGUACCAAGACAGGAACAGACACCUGAGAGAGGAGCAGAAGUGGCACAUCAAGAACCUCCUGAAAGAACUAAGCGAGGAGAAGUCAGAGGGAGUGCCGCCCGUGACGAGGGAGGACGUGGAAGAGGCCAUGAAGGAAAAGUGGAAGUUUGAAAGAGACCAGGAGCAAAACCUGAAAGAGAUGCGCAUACAAAUAAAUAACGCAGAGAAACUGUUUCUCGAGAAACUCGGUGAGAAGGAGUAUUGGGAAGAGUACAAGAACGUGGGAAGCGCACAGCACGCUCAGCUCAUCGCUUCCUUACAGAAGGAUAUCGACACGGUCAAAGAAAACGCCGAGAAAAUGUCAGAACAGUAUAAAAUCACUCUAGAAGAUGCCAGAAAGCAAAUAAUCGCAGACACUCUGAUACAGCUGGACCAGAGGAAGGAAUGGGCCACACAGAAUGCUGUGAAGUUCAUUGACAAGAGCAACUACCGAGAGAUCUGGGAGAAUGACUGGCUAAAACACGAAAUUUUGAUUCUCAGGAAGGAAGUCGAAAAGCUGGAAAACUGUAUUCAUGAACUAGAAGAGGAAAAUCUGAUGCUUAUUGACCAGUUGCUUAACUGUAGACUUGUGGAUCUCAAAAUACCCAGGAAACUGUAUCUCACUCAAGCCACUGGGCAGCAAGUGCCACCUGAAGACGCGUCUUUGAGGCUGCCAAAGACAGACAACGAGGAAAAUUUGAAAUCGCCCACUGAAACAGAGAGCGGAAGCGCGCCGAGCCUCUUGCUGGGGAGCCAGGAAGCUAGCGGUCCGGACAUCCAGUUCAGGACGACAGAGAGAGAGGGCAGCUCCUCCGCCGAGAUCGAGGGCUCCGUCAGCUCCUCCGCCGAGAUCGAGGGCUCCGUCAUGCAUUAUUUACUGCAUGAGGACGAGCAAGACUUCAAGGAGUAUGUGAACUUGGGCCCCGUGGCUUUGAAGCUCCUGAGUGUACAGGGCAAGAGGAUGCCCAUCCACUUUCAAGAGAAGGAGAGUCCACUCAAGUCGUACGAUGACAUCCAGAGUCCUGAGAGCCACAUCACGCACAAGAUGAUGAAGACGUUGUUCCAGGCCUGAAAGCUAUGCGGGAACCACCUUUCCCUACCCAUUCUCUGUGAAUUAAAGCACCAGAGCGGCUCGCUUCCCCCACAGGGGUCCAUCUUCAAAGCCGGUGUUUCUGACUGCCGUCAUUACCUUUAAAACCCAGGUUCCCGGUAGCAAGCUAUUGAUUGACCUGCCCAGCAUGCGUGACAGGAAGCACACAGCUUUCUGCAUUGAAAUACUUAGAAGGCCGCGGCUUCAAAUCCUUCUCAUUUGAAAGUUCACAGAUUCACCCAUGGUCUCAAUAUGCAGCGGGUGUUAGAAAUGUUUUUAAGAAGACUUUAUAUAUCACUGUCUACUUCCCACUCUGGGUGCGAAUGAUAGUCCCUGUAAUCUCCUAUUCUUUAAUCCUAGUUAGUUACUCUAUCUGUUGAGAUGAGACACCUCCGACAACAGGAGCUUAUAGGAGAA